AUGAUCAGCAUCUGGUAUGAAGUGCUGGCAAACUAUUUAUGGAGAUUCCAUAAUAGUUCUAUUACGUUCGAUUUUCCUGAAAAAUAUCAACGAAAUAGAGCGUUUCAGUCAAUUCAAUCGAGUGAUGAUUUCAGAUCUGCAGAACAAAAGUAUAUGGCAGCUCCAACAUACAACUCUGAGUCAACUCUUGAUAGAUAUAAGGAAUAUAUCAAUUCGAACAUAAGUUACAGCAAUUCAUCCAACGAAAUAGCUGUUUUAACUGGUGGAAAUCGUGGGAUGGGAUUCGAAAUCGCUCGAGAACUUGCUAAAAAGCAAUAUCAUUUGAUUAUUGGCUGCCGUAAUGUUACCAAUGGAGAAGAAGCCAAAGAAAAACUCAUUAAAGAAUCCGGAAACACUAACAUUGAAAUUUUAGAACUAGAUGUUUCAUCUAUAGAUUCAAUAAAUCGUUUUGGAAAUAUUUUACUAUCAAGACGAGAAAAAAUUAUCAGAUUAAUGAAUAAUGCAGGAGCAAUGACACAUACUUUUAGAACAACAUCAGAUGGAUUCGAAAAUACGCUUGAAACAAAUUAUAUUGGCCCUCUUCUUCUUACAUUAAAACUUUUACCUCUGAUGCCCCCAGAAUCUCGCAUUGUCAACAUGGAUUCUGUUACAUACAUGUGGACAUGGCUAGAUAAGACAAUGCUCAUCGAUGGUGGCUCAUCAGAAUACUCUCAACUUCCAGUCUAUUACAGAUCAAAGUUGGCCUUGAUGUUUGCCACACUUAGACUAUCAGAAGAUCUACAAAAACGCAAAAUCUAUGUAGCUGCUGCUGAUCCAGGUGUUGUUUUAACAGGAAUCGUCAACUUGAAUCCUAUUGCAACAUUUUUCGUUAAAAGAUUAGGCAGAUUCGUUAUGUUACCUCCUACUGUUGGAGCUUCGCCAGCAAUUAAGCUUCUUACGGAUGAUCAACCUUUGAAUGGCGAUCUAAUGGGUGUAUCAGGCCUGAAACACGUAAGUGAUUACUACCGUUACAAUGUUGUUAAGAAUUGCAUAUAUAAUCAAACAAUUGAUCAUUUGUUUGACCAAAUUUUCAUGUAA